CGCAGGGGGUUGUCCUCCCGCGGCACGCAUAGCAGUCGCAGCCGCUUCGCGCCUGGUUCCGCGGUCGCAUCUCGUGCCACCUCCUCUGCCUCACCCCUCGCUUCGUGGGUCGGUCCCUCCUGCACUCGGGCUCCAAGCCGCGCCGCAGCCUCUCUCCUUAAGCCGUAUCAGGCCAUCCAGGUCUUCUUCCUCCGGCCCGACCCAGUCCGCGAAGAUGGUGGACCGCGAGCAACUGGUGCAGAAAGCCCGGCUGGCCGAGCAGGCGGAGCGCUACGACGACAUGGCCGCGGCCAUGAAGAACGUGACAGAGCUGAAUGAGCCACUCUCCAACGAAGAACGAAACCUCUUGUCUGUGGCCUACAAGAAUGUGGUUGGGGCACGCCGUUCUUCCUGGAGGGUCAUCAGCAGCAUUGAGCAGAAGACGUCUGCAGAUGGCAACGAGAAGAAGAUAGAGAUGGUUCGUGCCUACCGUGAAAAAAUCGAAAAGGAGUUGGAGGCAGUGUGUCAGGAUGUGCUGAGCCUGCUGGAUAACUACCUGAUCAAGAAUUGCAGCGAGACCCAGUACGAGAGCAAAGUGUUCUACCUGAAGAUGAAGGGGGACUAUUACCGUUAUUUGGCCGAAGUGGCCACUGGAGAGAAGAGGGCGACUGUCGUGGAGUCGUCUGAAAAGGCCUAUAGUGAAGCCCAUGAGAUCAGCAAGGAGCACAUGCAGCCUACCCACCCCAUCCGGCUGGGCCUGGCUCUUAACUACUCCGUUUUCUACUAUGAGAUCCAGAAUGCCCCGGAGCAAGCAUGCCACUUGGCCAAGACCGCCUUUGAUGACGCCAUCGCUGAGCUCGACACUCUGAACGAGGACUCCUACAAGGACUCCACUCUCAUCAUGCAGCUCCUCCGCGACAACCUAACACUCUGGACAAGCGAUCAGCAAGACGACGAGGGUGGAGAAGGCAACAAUUAAGGCCCCCAGGUGGACUGGCAGCGCACACUGAUGCUACUACUGCAGUCUUUAUUUUUUUCCCAUGAGUUGGGGUCGGGUGGGGGAGGGAAAGGGAGGGCUGACCUUCCCAGGGAGAAACCCACGACCUGUCCUGUCUUUGAUCGCCUCUUUGACAUUUUUGCCAAAAUACCACUAGUGGAAAGUCAGGCUAGCUGUGCUGGUAUUGGAGUAGCAGCCUCACACGGGCAUAAGGACUGUUCUGUAGGUUCAUGCAAGUGGAGCUAUGUCUUUAAUUUAACUUAUUGCUAGAUGAUAGGCAUUUAAGAUGAAAAGACGUAAAUGGAAUGGCCCUCAUUCAGUGAGUUCUGUGGUUCCAGUAAGGAUUUUUAUGUACAUAUGCUCUUGUCUUAAGUUUUGGGUACUUUUCUCUCUCCUCUGUUUUAGCUGUGCAUUUCUUUCAGGGUGUACUCUACCAGACACGGCAUAGUUUAAAUCCCAAACAGUCAGGCUUGGAGCAUAAGGUGUACUCACCCUUGUGGUUUAGGCCUGGCCGGUUUUUUGAAGUCUGAUUAGUGACAGUAUUAACACUAAAUUGCAGUUUACAGUAUUUCUACAUUACAGCCAUAUGUGACAUCAAGCCAUUGAUUGUGAGUUUUCCUUUGCUACUUAUUUUGGCUUUCCAUCCUCAUUCAAUUGUAUCCAGGUUGGUUUUGCUCUUUAUCUGUCUCCUAGGCUAAAAGAUUUGCCUGAGGAGAAUCAAGGCUUCUUUAGGUUUUGGUUAAUAGGUGCUUGGCAGGUGGCUGUGGGAUUUUUGUCUGUCUUUCCUCCUAAUGUAAACCCACCACAAAAAUUACUAAUCAUUUUAAUAGAAAUGUUAAACAUCACAAAAUAGAGAAAAUUCAGGUCUGUAUGUCAUUUAUCUCAUGUUGGUGUCUCUGAAGACUCCUGCUUUCUCAGCUGCCACAGCCCCUUCCUCAGGGAUCACACUGCCAUCUGUUUCCCUCUGCACUGAGUCCUCCCUGCUGCGCUUGUGCCAGGCCAGGCAGUGGGGCUCAGCAGGUUGUCGGAUUGGAGAGGCUGGGUGGUCAUCUUGAGAAAGUUGAUGCAGUGCAGGAAGUCAGGUGCUAGAAGCUGAGCUGGUAGAAAACCCAAAAGGAAGAGCUCCAUUCACAGACAUCUUUCCGUUUUUAGGAGCCUCGAAAGUGUGUCAGGUUUUCCUCCCUGAAACACUCUUUUCCCAAGUUCUUAUAAGAGAUAGCUAAAUCGUUACCAGGUUAUGAAUAUGCAAUUUGUUUGACCAAAACCUUUCCUCUUUCUUUCCAGUGAAAGCAUAGAAAUUGGAGAUUCGUUUAUCUUGUGCAGUCAGUGCACAGUUUGCAAUCUGAAGGAAACGACAUUGCUAUUUCUGCAAGCUUGUUUUCAGUUAGCUGUAGGUCCCUCAUUCUCAUUGGAUAAAUCUGUCUGUAAACAUGACCCAUGGCAUGUUGUAUGUGCAGUUUUAUUCUUAGUGUUUUUUUUUUUAAUUAAAUAAAAUCAGUAACCAUGUGGACUACCAAGAUGCGUAACAACACCAGACUUGGUUUGUUUGUUUCUUUGUUUUAUUUAGGCAAGAAGAGGUGUAAUAAUUGAGGAAAACCCAGGAGAUGCUUUUGCUAAUAUCGAAAUCAAACUUACAAUUACAAAUGAGUAUGUUGAACAGGAUACAGGUGACAGUGAUGAUAGAGGAGUGCUGACAACCAUAAACUCAAUACACUCUAACAUCGCACAGUUUACCCAGCGUGACUUUCCU